UUCUAAAGCCUCAUUCUUUUGGUUGGGAUCCGACUCUAAAAAUGAUAGAGAUUAUGCAAGAUUACAAAAUAAAUUCUAAAACCUUAUCAGCUCUUAAAGAAGAUCCAGGAUUUACUGAUUUUUGUAGAGAUUAUUUCACUCAAGGAAUGACUAGCAAGUUUCAAUACAAGAUUGAGUGUUUGGAAAAUGUCAUUCAAAAAAUAAAGAAUCCUUAUCUUCGAGAAUCAGAAACUUCACUUGCUCAAGAUGCCAAAAAGUUGGAAUUAUAUCUAUGCGAGGUUAAAUACAGUAACAUCACUAGAGCUUUGAAGCCUUUUAGCAAUGGGAAAAACUUGUUUGUAAACCCUAAAAUCACUGCUAAAUUCAAAAUGCUCAAAGCUAUAGAUCUAAGAGCUCCAAAGAGAGAAGUAUCUUGUCUCGUUGUGACUAGAGAAAGCUUGAAAAUGACACACAAGUUUUUCUGAAGUUUGUUUCCAAACAGCACUACAGAAUUUCGCUUAAUCAACGAGGCUGGAAUUGGAAUUAAUCGCAAAAUUAUGAAUAUUCAGCCUUAUCUGAGAUGACUAGAAUCUGUCUCUAAAAGGAUCAGUGAAAUUAUGAGUCUGCAAGGGUUCAAGAUUUGUUGAAAAGGAUUCAAAAGAGUAUUUUCAAUCUCAAGACUAUCUAAAAUCUUGGAAUUGGUUGACUGAGAGCUGGAUCUUAAUUCAGUUCAUGAUUUAUCUUAUGCUUUGAAGAGAUGAAAAAUUACAAAAUUAAAAGUAAUCUUUCCUCGAAGAUAUAACAAUCAUGAGGAAUCAUCAAAGGUAGAUAAACUAAACAACUUGAUAAAAUCAUUAGCUUCAUCAGAAGAUUUAAAGGCUAGCUUGAAAUCAAUAGUGGUUAUGAACACUGGGGUUCCAAAAGAAAUAACAAAAGCAAUGUUGAGGGUCCAUCAAUUAGGUAAUUCAUAA